AUGUCCACGUAUAGUUGUUGGAAAUGUUCUGAAAAUGGUGAUAGUGAACCAUCAUCUCCAUCACAUGCCAUUGAUCAAAUGAUAUCAUUAUCAAUGUUUGAUUAUGCUGAUAUGAAAAAAGCACUAGCAAAUAAUGAACCAAGUACUAAAUUUCAGAAAUCAUCAUAUAGCGUAUCAUCAUAUAGCCUAUUACAAUUAAAACGAACACGUCGAAUAGCUUUUCGAAAUCGUUUUUCAACAAUCGAUUCAUUACGACGAUUAGCAUGGAAUAAUACCAGUCCAAAACUACUUGAACAAGCUGAAAAACAAGUAUUUUCAAUAUUAAAAUCUCGAUUUAAUGGUCGUUAUGUACCUGUAGCGAAUGAUAAGGAAAGAAUCUGGACAGUUUAUUCAAAUUUAUCUUUAAACAAUACUCCCAUUGUUCUUCUUCAUGGUUUUGGUGGAGGUGUUGGUUUAUGGAGUUUAAAUUUCGAUCAAUUAUGUGCAGAUCGACCUGUUUAUGCUAUUGAUUUACCAGGUUUUGGACGUAGUAGCCGACCAAUAUUUAGUCUUGAUCCACAUGAAGUUGAAGAUCAAAUUAUUAAUAUGAUCGAAGAUUGGAGAAAAGGAAUGGGAUUAAAUGAAGAAUUUAUUCUUCUUGGUCAUAGUUUUGGCGGAUAUAUAAGUGCUUCUUAUGCAUUAAAAUAUCCAAAAUAUAUAAAACAACUUGUAUUAAUUGAUCCAUGGGGUUUUGCACGUCGACCUGAAAAUAUUUGGCAAACAGGUCGUUUCCAACGUGUACCAACAUGGAUGAGAUCAUUUUCAUCGGUUAUGAUGAAACUUUCACCACUUACUGGACUUCGUGUGGCUGGACCACUUGGUGUGCCAGUUAUAAAAUAUUUCCGGCCAGAUCUUCGGACGAAAUUUGAAAAAUUAUUUGAUGAUGAUCGUAUAUUAGUAUAUUUAUAUCAUUGUAAUGCACAAAUACCUACUGGUGAACAAGCAUUUCGAACUAUCUGUGAUUGUUUUGCAUGGGCAAAAGAACCAAUGGUUGAUCGUAUUCAUUUAUUAGAUGAACGAACUCCAAUAUAUUUUCUGCAUGGCGAUCAAUCAUGGAUAACAAGUGAAUCAUCUUUUAUUAUUCAAGAAAAACGUCAAAAUGUUUUUGUUGAAAACAUUAAAGGAGCUGGACAUCAUAUUUAUGCUGAUGCAGCAGUAGAAUUUGAAAUGUAUCUAAAAAGAAUUCUACUCAAUAAAGACUAA